GGACGUCUAGUCGUUGGUUUGAAGGAGUGAGAGAGAGUCAUGUCCAGGCUAAACAGGUGCUAUCCACACACAAUUACUUCCCUGCUGGGUACCCUUUCCAUACUGGUAACCAGCAGCUGGGCCUACCCUUUCCCCUACCCUGAUGCUGAGGGCACACUCCAUCACUUGGGUGGCGGUUACGGGGUGACAGGCGGGGGCGCAAUAGGGGCGCACGCCGGUGGGGCCUACCUGGGGGGCGCAAUCCACCCUGGGGGCGGUGGACCGGCCCCCAUAGUGCAGAAACACAUUUACGUGCAUGUGCCGCCCCCCGAUCCAGAUUUCCAGGGGCCUAGGCAGCCGGUAAUACCGCCUCCGCCCCCGAAAAAGCACUACAAGAUUGUGUUCAUCAAGGCCCCAUCGUAUCCUCAGGUACAAGCACCGGUCAUUCCGGCACCUCAGAGCGACAUUGAGAAGACAUUGAUCUAUGUGUUGCAUCGCAACCCGACUGACGCGGCUCCAAUCGUCAUUCCAACUGCCAAGCCCACACAGCCUGCCAAGCCUGAAGUCUACUUCAUUCGCUACAAAACCAAGAAGGAACUGGGAGGUCCAGGAGGAGGCCAUGGAGGAGGCUCCCCCCACCACUACGCUGACGACGACUACACAGCUGUUUUCGACCACGCUGGCGCCCCGCCUACUGGCCAAUCACAGCCAUCGGCCACAGCGACUAGCCACACCCACAGCCACGCCCACUCCUUCAGCAGCCGGGCCCACAGUUUCUGCCUCGUCAGCAGCUGCCGUCAGCAUACUUCCGCGCGGAAAGAAUGUGCAUAGGCGAUAAAAUAUUGACGAAAUUAUCAAGGGAAAGAUAAAUUGAAAUACUGUAAAUUGAAUAAUUUAAGUAUGGUGAAAUGAGAACAAUCAUAAUGUAAGGUGAUUUGUUAUUGAGGUGAAAGAAUAUAGAGGGUGUUUCAAAAUUGUGAUGGUAAUAGACGAGUGAUCAAAAAAUAUAAAAGUUGUUGAAAAUUUAGUUUUAAAAAAGAUGAUCUUUGUUGAAAUAAUAAAUAAUAAAUUGCUGAUCUUUUAAGUGAAAACUUGUAGGUUCUAUUGUUGAACAGUUGGUUAUACUGUAAUUAAGUGUGAUUCGAUACUUUUUUCUUGUAUUGUUACAAUGAUUUGAUUCUGGGUCUAGGGUUAAGGAGAAUGGUCAAGAUCAAAGUAACUGGUUAUCGAGUCAAGGUAGGAAUGAUGGAUAGGAUUUAAAUUCCAAUUGAAUUUUUUGAGGGUAUUAAAACAAAUUCUUCGAAAUUCAAAGUGAUUACUGAAGAAGUCCUUUAUUAUUCAGACAGAAACUAUUGACCUGUUAUAUUUAUUUUGAUUUUGUUUCAAAUACUCAAUUAAUGCAUUUUUACUCAACUUCAGAAAGUAGCUUCAAUUAGUGGGAAAAUAUUCAUUCUCUUGAAUUAUUAUUACCUUCUUUUCAAUCCCUUUAUUAAACAUCAAGGUAAAUUCGUUCUUCGUGUUAGAAAGUUAUAAUAUUUCAUAUUAUUCAAAGUAUAUAAUUUUCAAUCUUCUAUUUUCCAAAAAAAUAGAAUUAAUUCUCUUCAUGUAACAUGAUAUUAUAAUCAUUGUUUCAAUUGAUUUAAAGUGAUCUGUAAUGAGUUUUGAAGAGAUCGAUUGGAAGACAUUUAUGCUACAGAGUAUUCUCAAUAGAUAAUGAUGCUCAAUCUUAUCAUUCACGAGAAGAGAUUAUCAUAUUCUAAUCUCUCCUAGAAUAUAAUAUCAGAACAGUAUCUUCUCUGAAGGCUACCUAUGAAUGUCUGGAAAAUUUUGUACAUUGGAAAACUAUAAUUUCUCCAAUACUACAUUCAAUUAUCGGUUUAUGAACUUCGCGUUGUAAACAUGAGCCAUUUAAGAAUUUUCUACUUGUAUAAUAUUAUCAUGUUUUAGAAAUAAAAUAAUCUAGAAGUUAUAAAAUAAACGUUUAUCAA